AUGACAGCAACAACAAAUCGUACAAUAUUUCCUAUGAUAUUUGGUCGUCGCCAUCCAGAUAAAUUAAGUGAUAGAGCAUCAACACCACUUCAACUUGUUCGUUUACAAAUUGAACAAAAAGUUAAUGGAAAUUUUCCAUUUAUUCAUCAAGUAGCUACAACAAUGACAUUUAAAAACACACAUAAUAUCAUUCUUGAAGGUGCUUUCGAAUUUACAUUACCAGAAAGAGCAACUAUUUGUGGUUAUGGUCUUGAUAUUGAUGGUGUUAUUGUCGAUGGAGUAGUUGUUGAAAAACAAGCUGCUCGUAUAAUAUUUGAAAAAGAAGUACGAAAAAGAAUUGAUCCAGGUUUUGUUGAAUUAGUUACAGGCAAUAUAUUUCGUACUCGUGUCUAUCCAAUUGAACCACAAAAAACACGUACUGUUCGGGUUAUAUAUCAAGAUCAAGCAAUAACAGAUAAUAAUAAAAAUGGUUUUCUAUAUCAAAUACCAAUUCAAUUUCAAACUCGACUUGAAAGUUUAGAUAUUGUUCUUACAUGUUCUGGUCAAGCAAUAACAAAACCAAAGUUUUUAAUAGAUUCUAAUCAACCAAUAGAUAGUUAUCCGUCAUUUAUUGAUAAUGGAAAUGGACAAUAUACUGCUGAAUGGCAUUUAACUAAUGUUGAACCAUCUGUUAAUACUGAACGAACACUCUCAUAUAUAUUAUCUGAUUCACUUAAUCCAGUCAUAAGUGCUAUUGAAAAAGAUUCAAAUGUUGGCGCAUAUUUUGCUAUUAGUUGUGCUUUACCAACAUCGAAUCAACAAAGAACUGAUCAACUUGAUAUUCCAUCGAAAAGAAUUUGUAUUCUAUGGGAUGCAAGUUUAAGUCGUUCAAAUUCAAAAGAAAAUCGUACAUUAGAAUUAAAUGCAUUAAAAAAAAUCUUUGAUAUCUGGUUACCACGUUAUAAUAAAAUUGAAAUAUAUAUUAUAAUAUUUCGAAAUGAUAUGGAUGAACAAAUAUUAUUUCAACUUCAAGUUAAUAAUUGGAAUAAAUUUAUCGAAAUUUUUCAAGAUUUACCAUAUGAUGGUGCAACAAAUUUAUCACAAUUAUCAUCAAUUAAUUUAAUACAAUCGAUUAAUUAUUAUUUUCUUUUUAGUGAUUGUAUAUCAACAAUAAAUAAUGAUUCAUUUACAGAAAAUUUAUAUUCAAAUUUUAAAGCACCUAUAUGGAUAUUUAAUGGUAAUUAUCUUCAUGAACCGUAUGAUAUUGAUUUUAUUCGUUAUUUAACACAAUAUAAUGAAUAUGGUGGAGGUUAUUUAAAUCAUGAAACAUUAGAAUUAAAUCCACAUGAUUUAAUAAAUAUUAUUGAAACUAUUCAAAUUAAAUAUGUGAAACUUGAUUCAACUUCAACUGUAAAACAAAUAUAUCCAAGUAAUUCAAUAUCAAUUCCAUUAAAUUUAGAUCGAUUUCUCUUGGUGGGACAAAUUCCAAUGCCAUUACCAAAUUCAAUUCAAUUUGAACUUGAAUUUUCAUUGAAUAAUCAAACUUCUCGUUUACCAAUUUCACUUGAUAUGUCAUUCGGUGAACAAAACUCGUUUGGUUUAAUUCGUCGUUUAUGGGCACAACAGAAAUUAAAUGAAUUAAAUGCAUUUAAAGAUAAAUAUAAAUCUGAUAUACUAUCACUUGGAUUAGAAUAUUCAUUAGUUAGUCAAUUUACAUCAUUAUUAGUACUUGAAACACUUCAACAACAUCUUCAAUAUCGUGUAUGCCCAGCUAAAUCACGUACAUAUCUUUAUAAUCAAUAUAUGCAACAUCAGACACUAGAGAAUAAUAAAAAAACAAAUAACAUAUCUGAAUUAAUACAAAAAUGGAAUCAAACAUGUCAAUGGUACGAUCAAGUUAUUACUGAUAUUGAUCGUCAUCGAGCUUAUUUACGAAAAGUACAACAAACAUGCUUCUUUGGAACAUCACCCUCAAAUGUCGUCCCUAUCAUGUCGUCUAAUUCUUUUGGUUUUGGAAGUGCUACAACAACAACUGCUCCGACCGGAAUGCAGUUUUCUCCAUUGAAGACUAGUGCAACUUAUAGUUUGAAUUCAAUGGCUUUUCCAUCAACUUCUACUCCAUCAUCUUUGCAAGGAUUUGGUUUUUCUACAUCAUCGUCACAAAUAAAUACUGCAAUAAAUGUAUUAAAUGAAUCGUUAUCAUCUAAAACAGAAGAAACGUCAACGAUUGUUCUUAAUGAAAACAAUCCUCAAUUAUCAUAUACAACACGAAUAUCUUCUUCAAAUAAUCGAAUAAAUGCAUAUUCAAUUUAUCUUAAUGAACGAAUAUUAAAUCGUCAAUCACCUUCAUUUUAUUUUGAUGUUGCAUCUUAUUUUUUUUCGCCAACAUCAUUUUCAUCUAUAUUAGAUAAAUUUAACCAACAACAAGAAAAUAUUCAAAUAGCAGAUAAGAAAUCAAUUGAAUAUGGUUUACGUAUAUUAACAAAUAUUUUAGAGUUAGAAUUAGAAGCACCACAAUUAUAUCGAACUGUUGGAUAUAAAUUAAUGGAAUUAAAACAAUGGAGUCUUGCUUUAAGUAUUUUUCGAAAAAUUUAUUCUUUACGUUCUGAUGAACCACAAUCAUUACGUGAUUUAGCUGUUGUUCUUAUUGAACUUGGUCAAUAUGAUGAAGCAUUACAAUAUUUCAAACAAAUUCUCACUCAAAUAUGGGAUGAAAGAUUUUCAACAAUUCAAACAAUUGUUUUACUUGAUUUAAAUCGACUUUUAGUUUUAAUGAAUAAAAUGACACUUCAAAUUGAUAGUCGUCUGAUACGUCAUUUACCUGUUGAUAUUCGAAUUGUUGUUCAAUGGGAUACUGCUGAUACAUUAGUUAAACUUUCAAUUAAAGAACCAACUGGUCAAAUAUGUGAUAGUUACGAUUCAUAUCGAACAGAUAUUGGUGGAUAUGUGACAAAUUAUGGUUUUCGAUCUGGUCAGCCAAUUGAAUAUUUACUUCGUAAAGCAAUUAAUGGAAUAUAUUCAAUUAGUUUAACAUAUAUAAGUAAUGCUCAACAUACACUUGUAGGUGUUACAACAGUUUUAGUAUAUAUUUAUAAAUACUUUGGUUCAAUAAAUGAAGAAAAACAAAUUAAAACUGUACGAUUAACUGACUUUAAUCAAAUAGUUGAUGUUGGUCAUAUUGAAUUUGGUGAUUCCAAUUUAGAAAAACUUAAAGAUGAACUAGAAAAAAGUAAAGAUGAAUGUCGUCGUCUUCAAAAUCAAUUAAUUACUGGUAAACAACAAACACAAUCUAUUAUUCAACAUAUAAAUAUAACAUGCGAUCGAUGUUUGAUGUCACCAAUAGUUGGUGAUAGAUAUAGAUGUAUGUUUUGUCCAAAUGUAGAUUUUUGUGAAAAUUGUCAAUCAGCCACAAAUCAUCAACAUGAUUCAAAGCAUCCAUUAAUGUGUGUUCGUGAUUCAAGUGUAUAUGCAUCAUCAAUUUAUCUUCAGAACACAAGUGAACUGAUUCAUUUGAAUAGUCUGUGCUCAUCAUGUUUUGUAUCUCCUAUCGUUGGUAUACGUUAUCAAUGCAUGACAUGCAAAACAAAUUUAUGUGAAAAAUGUGAAUUUCUUAGUUUGCAUGACACUUCACAUGAACGUUUAAAAAUUAUUCGUCCUCAAUAA